AUGUCGACGACCGCGACGCAGACCAGCACCAAAUGGUCGGUAGAGUACGACACCGUCCGCCGCCAGAAGCUGUUCAGAAAUACGCCGAAAGAUCGAAGCGCCUUCCCAGCUCUUCAGGCUGCAGUGAAACCACAUAUAGAGUCCUUCAAUGCUCUGUGGGACGAGAAAAUCAUCGACGCCGGGCUCAAAGAUAUUGGGAUCUAUACCGUGGUCGAUGGCGACCUACGUAACCCGAGUCGCGCAAUUCAGCGCAAUAAGCUUGACCUGAGAGUGACGGAGAUCAUCCUAGAGAAACCCACCCUCCCGCCGAGUAACAAAUUCAGCAUUGAAGACCGGAACAUAUACCCCUCCGAAUGUCGAGAGCGGCACACAACCUACAGAGGAAGAUUAAGAGCCAGACUACAGUAUAGAAUAAACAAUGGGGACUGGCAGGAAUCAGUCCGGGAUCUCGGACAGAUGCCCAUCAUGCUGCGAUCCAACAGAUGUCACCUCGAGAAAUUCUCGCCGGCACAGAUGGUCCGCCACAAGGAGGAGUCUGAAGAGAUGGGCGGCUAUUUCAUUGUCAAUGGGAAUGAAAAGCUCAUCCGCAUGCUGAUCGCGACAAGGAGGAAUUACCCCAUGGCCAUUGCAAGAGCCACCUUUGCCGGGAGAGGACCGACCUUUUCGAAGUUCGCAAUCCAGAUUCGGUCCGUGCGGCCAGAUCAGACCGCGCAUACCAACACCCUGCACUACCUGACAGAUGGGAAUGUCACCUUCAGAUUUUCGUGGAGGAAAAACGAAUACCUGGUGCCUGUGGUCAUGAUCCUCAAAGCCCUGGUGGAUACGAACGACCGCGAGAUUGCGGAGGGCAUCAUUGGCGCUUCGUCCUCGAAUAAAACACCCAGCUCCUUUGUUGCCGACCGGACAGAGCUUCUCCUGCGCACGUACAAAGUAUACAACCUGAAAACAAGGGCACAGACCCUAGCAUACCUUGGAGAGAAAUUUCGACCUGUUCUGAUGCAGCCUAUAACGAUGUCGGACGAGAAAGUCGGCGAGGAGUUCUUGAGGAAGAUUGUCCUACCACAUCUCGGCAACGUCGACGUUACUCCAUCCCAAAAUAACGACAAGUUCCAGCUGAUUCUAUUCAUGAUCAGAAAGCUCUAUGCGCUUGCCGCAGGUGAUUGUGCUAUGGACAAUCCUGAUGCAGUCUCCAGCCAGGAGGUCUUACUCGGAGGCUUCCUGUAUGGUAUGAUUUUAAAGGAAAACAUCUACGAGUGGCUCAUGGGCAUCGGUGCUACGGCUCGAGAGUGGCUCAGGGCCAAGAACGAUGCCAAAUUCACAGAUCCCUCGUUCGAGGCGGAUUUCCUGCCCAAAAUAGUCAGGAGAACGAACGAAAACAUCGCAGGGAAGCUGGAAUACUUCCUCUCCACAGGAAAUCUGGUCAGUCAGACUGGGCUCGAUCUGUCUCAAACAUCCGGUUUCACCAUCAUGGCCGAAAAGAUAAAUUUCUAUCGAUUCAUCAGUCACUUUCGGUGUAUACAUCGAGGCGCUUUUUUCGCGCAGUUGAAGACGACUACUGUACGCAAACUGUUGCCGGAAAGCUGGGGAUUUCUCUGUCCCGUUCACACUCCUGAUGGCGCUCCCUGUGGCCUUUUGAACCACUUAGCUCACCAGUGCCAAGUUCAAAUUAAGCGGAUUGAUACUUCGGGUAUUGAGAAGGCGGUGACGCAGCUGGGACUAUCUUCCGCUCCUUUAAUGACAGUCAAUGAAAGCCUAUCCGUCCAGCUUGACGGGCGUAUAUUGGGAUAUUGCGCCGCGAAAAGGGCAAGAGAGAUUGCCCAGCUUCUCCGACAUUGGAAGGUGAAUGGGGAACACAACAUUCCGAAUGAACUAGAAAUAGGCCAUAUUCCUACCUCGAACGGCGGUCUCUAUCCUGGCCUGUACCUCUUCACUGAGCGGUCGCGAAUGCUACGACCUGUCAAGUACAUUCCGUCUGAUAAACUUGACUACGUCGGUCCAUUCGAACAGCAAUACAUGAACAUUGCCUGCAUGGAUGCGGACAUCAUACCCACGUUGACAACCCACAUCGAGUACAAACCCACGAACGUCCUAUCAAUUUUGGCCAACAUGACCCCUUUUUCAGAUUUCAACCAAUCGCCUCGAAAUAUGUACCAGUGCCAAAUGAGCAAGCAAGCCAUGGGAACUCCUUCCUCGAAUAUGAUGUGCCGAACAGACAACAAAGCCUACCUGCUUCAGACGGGGCAGACGCCCGUUGUGAGACCUCCACUCUACAACGAGUACGGACUGGACAACUUCCCCAACGGGAUGAACGCCGUCGUGGCGGUCAUCUCGUACACGGGCUACGACAUGGAUGACGCUAUGAUUAUCAAUAAAUCUUCACACGAGCGAGGCUUCGGAGACGGUGUCAUCUACAAGACCAAGGUCUACAGGCUCAAUGAAGACGCAAGGGCAGCUCGGUCAAAGACCGAAAUCAAGUCACUUUUUGGCUUUGCAGAAGGCGACCCAAACAUCUCGCAAGCAGCGAUCCAGGCGCUCGAUCCUGACGGCCUGCCUGCCGUUGGGACCAAAGUUGGCGAGGGAUCAAUCGUUCUCGCCUACCACAGUGUCAUGUUCGAUCCGUCGGAAGGCAAGCUCAAGAACUUGGACGGAAAUACCAUGUACUUCAAGUACAAGGACCCCGAGGAAGCUUAUGUUGAUCAAAUCCGACUGAUCGGCUCCGAGACGGGAGACCAGCCUUGUCAGGCGAUCAGCAUCAAGUACCGAAUUCCUCGACGACCUAUCAUCGGUGAUAAGUUCUCUUCUCGACACGGCCAAAAAGGUGUCUGUUCUAUGCUCUGGCCGAGCGAGGAUAUGCCCUAUAGUGAGUCCGGAAUCCAGCCAGACGUCAUUAUCAAUCCCCACGCCUUUCCGUCUCGAAUGACUAUUGGUAUGUUUGUCGAAUCGCUCGCCGGCAAAUCUGGGGCCCUCCAUGGUCUCGCUCAAGACUGCACGCCCUUUUCCUUUGACGAGGACAACACGGCCGGAAAUUAUUUUGGCGAGCAGCUUCUGCAGGCCGGGUACAACUUCUACGGCAACGAGCCCAUGUACAGCGGCAUCACCGGCAAGGAGUUCGCUGCUGACAUCUACAUUGGGGUGGUCUACUACCAACGACUGAGGCACAUGGUCAGCGACAAGUUCCAAGUGCGCACCACCGGACCCGUCAACGCUCUGCACGGGCAGCCCAUCAAAGGACGAGCCAAAGGCGGCGGUAUCCGUGUGGGUGAAAUGGAGCGGGACUCCCUGAUUGCCCAUGGCACUGCAUACUUGCUCCAAGAUCGACUGAUGGACUGCAGCGACAAGCAACGGGCUUGGGUCUGUCGAAGCUGCGGCAGUUUCCUGAGCACCAUGAUGGUGCCGAACCAAUUCACCAUCAAAAGGAGGGGCGGCCGCGUCGAGCCGAGCGGCAUCGUCCGCUGUCGAGCAUGUGCGAGGCCCGCGACGUUCGAGGACAGUAAGGUCACGGUGUGGGAGGAUGGCGCCGGACGAAAAUUCGUGGGUGGGGAUGACACCACCGUCGUCAAUGUGCCCGGCGUGUUGAGGUAUCUGGAUGUUGAGCUGGCGGCCAUGGGGGUCAGGACGACGUUUGAGAUUGAAGGAUAG